UCAGCUGGAGGCAGCAAUAAACAGAGGCCAAAUCUGCAGCGGAAAAAAAAACAGAAGAGGAAAGCAGAGAAAAAAAAAAGCUGCAGAUGUUAUGAUCUGAAAACAUCAGUGUAAAAAAACAAGAUUUUUACACGAAGCCCUUCUUCUGAGAAGAAAGCCUUUUAUUUUUGUAUAACGGUGUUUUCAUCUACCUCACUUUAAGGCUAUCUAAAGCUAUGCUUUAAGAAUUGUUGUCGUUUCUACUGUGUGUGAGAUCUCGUUUACAACUUGAAUAACAUUGCAAAGGCAGGCCUUUGCUACAAACCAAGUGAAACCUUACAUUUGCACUAUAGAAGCCUGUCCACUCCAGUUUGUCAAAACCGAGAUCCAGCAAAGGGCUUCAAGAGAAAAAGACUCAAAAGAUCAGACAAAGCAUUGCAUACAACAGCAACAAGCGAUAACGUAAACACAAAUAACAAAUUCAAAUAGGCAGCUAAAGCUUUUUUUUUUGUGGACAACAAAUCGCACCCGAGUCAUCGACACUUGGCAGUUUCAGCAGUCAUGUUUCAACGUCUGAGCAACCUGUUGUUUGGGGAGGUGGAGGAGGUCGCAGCUGAGCUGAAGGGACCCAACCCCUGCGUGACGGAGGCUGACGAGGAGGGAUGGAUGCUCGUCAAUCUACCCGAAGAGUCUGACAGCAUGAUUCAGGCAGAGGAUGAGACGGGAGCUCCGCUAAUUGCACAAUCAUCCCCCGACAGUAACCUAUCACAUCAUCAAGACACACAUGCAAGGACUGAAUUCCCCAUUCCCCACCCGCCUAACAAGCGCCGUAGGACACAUAAAGGUCAGGCACGAAUUGCAAUAGCAACAUCAGACCCCCUGUCUUGCCCUAGCGCUAGCCCAUCAGACUUGGGUGCCAUUACACCCGUGACCCUGCCAAGGCGGGCCAGACUGUCCAUGCCCUCCUCCACCCCGUCGAUGUCCCCUGGCUCUGGGAGUGAGUGUGGGGGCAGUGGGGGUAGCAGUAGGGCAGGCUCAGAGAGAGGCUGCAUGGAUGAGAGCUGGUUUGUCACCCCUCCCCCCUGUUUCACUGCAGAGGGAGCUACAGCAGAGGCCAGCCCGAUGGAGGACCUGCUCAUCGAGCACCCCAGCAUGUCUGUGUACGUCUCGCCAAACAACUUUUCCAUGGUGUCCAACAGCAACCUGUCUGUGGUGGGAGAGGAAAGCAUUGUCAGCCCGGCGAGCAGCAUGAGCAGAGUGACUGAACCAGCUGCUGCCCCCGCCACCCGCAGCACUAUCCCCACCAGGGUGAGCCGUGGAGCAGCUGCCCAGGCCGGAGCCCUGGCCAAGGUCACCCAAGUGGCCAGGGUCCAGCGUGGCAAAGCUCGCAUCGAGAGGCGUCAUCUGGGCCGCAACCGCAUCCAACGCCAAAACCGCACCAGGGAGCAGGUCCCUCGCCACGCAGCGCACGCCAGAAACACCUUUCUUCACCAGCCCAGCAAGCGUAACGUCUGCCACUAAACUCCUGAACAAGCAGGGGGCGUCAUUCAACCUGAGGGCAUUAGACGCACAUGAUUAAAUAUAGUGACCCCACUGCAUAAAGCUUUAAUUUCUGCACAUUAUAUCAUGAUAAAUCAGAUACGAACAGUAGCUCUUGUUUUGGUUUGUAUACAAACUGGCUCCACCUGGUAGUUUUAUUCCCUGUUCUGCCGUUAUGAACCAAGCCCUCUGAGUUCAUCUGUGUAGAUCUUUAUUGCAUUAUACUUUUUGUCCAUUGCAGUAUCCAAACAACUAAAAAAAGUCUUGAAAAAAUAUUUACACGGGUACUUAGUAACAAUAAUGUCUGAAAAACGGCAAAAAAAAAUUAGCUAUACUAAUUUUUCUUUCCUGUCUUGAUAACAAUAUUCUCCUUUCUUCCACUCUUCCUCAAGGCAUGUUAUUAUUUUUUUCAGCCAUUACAUUAUCUCCAAAGUACUUGGUUAAAUGUGGAUAUAAUGAUUUGUAAUUGAAUCAGCCAAGUGUACUUUACUCUUCGAUGGAGGAACAGACCUUUCUGCUGGAAUCCAUUUGGGAUAGAGACAAGUUAAGUCUUAGCAUCUUUUCAGUGAAAUCAACUCAUCAUGUCCUCAGAGCUUUAAUUCCUACAAAAUUAACUUUAAUUUUAUUCAGAAAUAGUGGAGAGAUAUACCGUGUGUGGCGAGAGUGAAAGGAAGAUCACUCUGACAUUUGUUUCCCUCAAGUUUGCAAAGUGACAGAUGAAGGAGCCGCAGCAUGUGGCAACCCAGUUUCAUCACAGGAAACAAAAUGCGGUGAGAUUCCUCUCCUCUCGCUUUUGGUGGAAGGUGGAGAGCAAGUAGAUGAUGGUGAAAGAAGGAGCAAAACAGACUAAAGAGUAACAUAUAUUAUGAGAAGAAUUAGAACUAGGUAGUAUUAAAAUGUGCUCGAUAUGAAAUGGUCGUGGGAAAGUGUUAUGUAACCCUCAGAGCAGCCUGUGAAUUUUAGGAAGUUGAAUACAACAUCAAACUCUGCCGCAGAGCAUUUCGCAAAUAACUCUUGUUUUUAUGUUUCUCUUGAUAUUAAGGUAGUCGUUUUUGUGCAGAUGGAACUUUGUGCUAUAGGCAGCCAUAAUAUUGUUAUUGAGAAGAAUUAGGAGAGCAGUGAGUUUGCCUUUGGGUUACAGGGUAUAGCAAGUUACAGAAAGUAAAGAGCGGUAUUGAUGGCAACUCUUUAUUUUGUUUUGUUGCUCUGUUUUCUGCUCAUUUUAUCAUUUUGAGGUUAUAUUAUUUACAGUCUCUAUCUCUCUGCGUGGUUCCAGCAAAGAAAGAAAAGAAAGUCUGUUCUUGCCAGACAAAUAGAAAAUACAACAUUUGGCUUUUGAAGCCGACAAAUUCAAAAUAACUACAAAGCAUGGCGAUCAUUAAACGUGUUGUCUGUAAACUAAAGCAACGUGCCCAGCACACACGCUCACCCACAGUGUGUGCUGUGUUAGCUACAGAAAGAAAGUACCAUCUAUUCACACAUAAAUCCCUCUCAUUUAAAAAAAAGAAGUCGCUGACUUUCAAGAACACACUCGUUGGGAAAAAGAAAGGAAGUAACUAUCUCCUUAAAGCCCAACAGCAAGCAUCUAUCUUCCCCUACAUCCCUCUUAUGGACGUGCAUCACAUUUAACAUCUCCUCCAUUACUGUCCGUCCCUCUCUCGUUUGCACAUCCAGCUCUAACAGUGUCCACUUAAAGAUCUAGCUUACUGAUAUGUGUUCAACAACAAUAGUAAACAAUGGUGCUGAAGUGUAUGCUAAUGUUUGUAAAUUAUUUGAGACAUGGAUGUAAGUUUGCAAUGUCAUUCAUUUUUUGUCAAAGUUAUAGCGGUGUGCCGUGUGCUUGUUUUAUUUUUUGUUUUUUAUUUGUGGAGUUUUUUUUCUCUUCUUUUCGUUUUGGCUCAAACUGUGUGUGAGAAGGUGUACCGACACAUAAACUGCUAGAAACUCUACAAAAAAAAGUACAUAAAUAAUGAUCGUUUUAUUUCUCUUGUAAAUAUUAAAAACAAAAAAAAACACUUUAUAACGCUUCGUUAGAUGUCAAAGCCUCUCAGGAUCUGAGUCAUUGUGUCCAAUGGGACUGAUGAGAAUCCUCUCUCUGCUCAUUAAAAAACCAAGAGGGCGACUCAAUGGCCUAACGUGGGGUGCGUCAGUGUCAUCCAGAGAUGCACCAUACACAAACAGCACGAGACUCAGAGCUGAUGUGCCAUAGAAAACAUUACCCUCCAGAGGGCUCACUUAGCACUGCAUCUGCUGUACGGUCGCUGGUGAGGACACAGAACAAUGACAUGAUUUUAAUACAAUCUAAACUGGUGCGUUCAAAAGACAGAGAGACUGGGGUAUUCAUCCGGAGUGUUUGGAAAAUGGAAACGUCUUUUCUUGUUUAAAAAAAUAUUUUCCUGUGAGUCACAUAACACACAUUUUUCAUUUCUGCCAAUAUUCCUUUUAAAUGUUUCUGUUAAUUUAUAAUAUAAUUAUGAAAUUAUGUAUCCAGUUUAUUCCACUGAACAGUGAAGGGAAUGCAUCUGAGGUGAUGAGUCUGUGUACACACACACACACACACACACACACACACACACACACACACACACACACACACACACAUAUACACACACAAACACAUGCACACACAUACAGCAGUGAUCUCAUUGCUAGGCUUCCUCACACCUUUGGGGCUCGCUAUUCUAACUGUGCCUAAGAGGUUGAAUUUUGUUCAUGUGUUGUGUGAAUAAAAGUAGGUACAGAGUGCAAACAGGGUAAUAAUAAUGAGAGAGCACAUGUGGAUGUGUGAGUGUGUGUAUGUACGAAAUAUAUCACCACAGAUACCUCUGCCGCUGCAAUCCUGUCAUGUUUUUAUUUCUUCCCUUUCUCACCAAUGUCAUGUUAAAAUGGCAGAAGUGUUGUCAGUAUGUUGUGUGUGAUUUUUGAAAAUGUGUGGUCAUCCAAUAAUGGGGAGAGUGAGCGGUCACCCAGUGUGGGGGUAACUUAUAUUAAAUGGGAGAUGUGGUCAGGGAGAGGACGAGAAAGGAGACAUAUAGUUAUAUUUAAGAAUAAGUGAAAUUAAGUGUAUCAGAAAAAUAUAAUAGAAUAUGCUUGUAUUUUCCAAUAUAGGUAUUAGAACAGUCAUUCACCAAUAGGAUGUUUUAAAUGAAAGCCGUUGAAUGUCUGGGGAGUUUCAUAUGUUUUAUGUUGUGCCCUGAAAUGAUGGCAGCUUAAACACACUUGGGGUUUUGCCCAUGUUACAUCUCAAUUAGUACACCCACCUCCCCCCAUUAAACAAUGAACUAUAUAAACAUAUAAAAUUUGGUGUAUCUGAUAUCUAUGGUGAUUGUGCCUUUCACUAUCUCUGCAUGGUUUUUGUGAUGUACUGAGUUUUCCAUCCCCUAAGUGGGCAGUCGUCCACUGACAGGCAAGACUAUGCAAAAAGUCAUCGGAUGGCUUUUCCAACAUCCAUUCAGAAAACACAGGUACCCGCCAAAAAGAAAAAAAAAGAAAAAAAACAACAAUAAAUACUCAGGUUGACGCCUGAA